GAGUUUCCUGUCAGUGUGGUCGCUCAGCGAUCUUCCCCCUUCCCCCUCUUGCCGUCCGCUGCAGCCGAAACCCGUCAAUCAUGAAAAAGGCAGGAUCAAGCUCGAAAGACCGGCUGGCAAAGUCCGGAAACACACGGAAGCGGUCAUCUUCCGCUGGUGGGCAAGAUAGGCCGACUAUCGGCUUACCCGUCGGAGGUGUCAACCAAGCCGCCGCAAACCCUCCAACAGACGAGCCUCAGGAUCCGCCGGUCGUGGUUUGGCCCGAAUGGUCUGACGCGGAGAUAGCAGCAGAGAAGUGGGCGGCCAAGCAUGCGUUUGAGGAUCCGGAGGGGCUGGGAUGGCUGCCACGGUCUCUGCGAGGAUCCGUUGACGCGUACAAGCGGCCUGCCGAGCUGGCCCCGGAAGGAACGACGCCGAUAUGCAUACAGGCGUUGCAUUUGGAGGACGAUGUUUUUCAUAGCGCUGCUUCGUCAACGCCUGGGAGUAUGGGGUUCAACUUUGGUGCUCUGACGCCGGGGUUGUCACAUAACGUCACAAAGCCGUCUACUGCCCAUGAUACUCAUGCGGGCGUUGGGGGACUUGGGACCCCGACCGUGGAGACUCCGGAUUCGUUGAAUGCUGGGGAGCGCACAGAAGGUGAUGCGGACCCAUCACCAGUCGACCCCGCGAUUGCCAAUGAUAGUGCUCACAAGACGGGCGGGAGCGGGGACGCACAUCAUAAAUCCGAGCACGGGUCGAAACCACAUCCGCCCCAAAAUAUCUUGGACGAGGAGGCAGUCACCCACAAGCUAGUUGGCGGAACAGGGGACGAUGAAAGCGUCGCAGAUCACGAGCUGCAAGCCCUCUCAGGAACAUCAAAGCUCUUCCAAACUAACCGUCACCUUCUCCCAUCGGAACUGAUGCGGACGAUCCUCUGCAACCUGCACUUCCUGUACGACCAAAUAAAGCAAUCGCGGGCAUCUGGAGGUCCCGGAGCUGCCUCCGUACCCGAUGAAUACGCACCGUGGGAUCACAUAUACCCAAAGACGAAAGAUGGCCUGCCCAUGUACAACGUGUCGGGGAAGUAUGCGGUCAAGCUCUUUUGGCUGGGCGCUUGGAGGAAAGUGACGGUGGACGAUCGGAUUCCGGUUGAUAGCGAAGGAAGGGUGCUCCUCAUUUCGACCCCUGUUGCACAUGAGAUUUGGCCGAUGCUUUUGACGAAAGCGAUUCUUAAAGUUGUAUCGACGAGCUACAAAGACGGCGAAUCAACCUGCGAAUUCGGUGAAGUCGACAUCUUCCACACCCUCAAAGGCUGGCUUCCCGAAAAGCUCGCCCUCGAAGGGAAACCCUUCAACUCCGUCUGGACCCUCAUCUCCGGACUGAAUCUCAAAUCUCUGCAAACUGGAUCCGUUUACCUUGGACCAAACCAGCGGGCAAGCUUCGCGCCCGUACCUACUGCGGCCUCACAGAAAGCUGGUCAGGCGGCGCCGGCGGGUGAUAGAUCGAAUAUGCCGUCUGCGCAGGGAGGGAGGGCGGUGCCGGGCGCGCCGGCUGCGACUGUUGGGGGUGGGAAGAUCAAUGCGCAUGUGAUUGUUUUGGCGUGGCGAGAAGUUGAGGAAGUGACGGAUAAGGUGGACAUGCACAACAUGUCUGGUCCGUUCGGUGUAAUCGACAUUCGGGAACUCCCGGGCAUCAUACCUCAACGUCUCAUGAAAUUGCGGAGUUACUUCAGCUGCGGGUUUCGGACCAAGAAGCUGACCGAAGGAAAACCGGGCUCGAAGAUAGUGGAUGAAUCCGCGGAUGCUUCUGCCGACGCAACUGAUCUAUGGAUUCCGUACCAGGAUUUCCUUCGAACCUUCCGAGCAAUUGUUGUGUAUCACAGCCCAAGCAGUUUCAAGUUAAUGAAAACCAUCAACAACAUCCCAGAUCCAUCGAAACCCAGCGACACACUCCGGACACCGCAGCUCCUUUAUCUCUCAGACACAACAAAGGAGCUCCCCGUCCACAUCUACUUCGCAACCUACGGCCGCGUCAAAGGCGAGCAACUCGCCCAAGUAUCCUGCGUGCUGGUCGAAGAAUAUGACUGGACAGGCGGCACGGCGUCGAAGAAACCGUUUGCGCUGAAGAUGUCCACCAACGCGGCGUUGAUGAGCUUUUUCCGCAUACCUGCCGGCCGGCAAGCCUACAAGUUUAUAGUCAACUGCCCAACAGCAUAUAGUUUGUCAGUGUAUGCUCGGGACGGCGAAUUCCUCCUCGAAGACGAAGGAAAAUACAUGACGGAGCGUCUGGACCUCCAUGUGAAGGACAUCGAUGAUGGCUUCGCUGCUCAACCUGCGAAUUCAUGGUUUCUGUUUGUCAAAAACGUCAUCCGCUUCUCCCAACCCACCUUCCUCGCCGCGUAUAUCUACGUCCCCGAAUACGUCCAAUCCCAAACCUGCCUCCGAGCAGUCGACAACGACACCGGCGAAGAAGUGCCCCUCGUCUUCUACCUUCUCCGACCGCAGAUAUACCACCCCAACAAGAACGGAUACACCUUCGUCGCAGAGUGUCGCACAUUGACCCCGAAACCGGCUGGGAAGUGGAAACUGAGAUAUGUCUCAGAGGCGGUCCCGAUUUUGGGACCGGAGAAGCCGUUGGAGUUGUGGAUCAAGCCGAUUGUGCAGGAUUUUGAUGAUGUUUUUACGCCGAAUAAGUAUAAUUUGCUCUUUAGAUACGUGGUGAAAGUGAAGGACGCACCGACGAACUGCGUCUCUCUGCAGCUUUCGUUUGCCUUCCCGACCGUCUGGGUCAAAUUGCAAGUGUUCGACAACGGAGUGGAGAUGCACUCGGCACGGGGGAAAGGCGUUGCGACCAUUCCAGUUCUCAACCUGGUACAAACGGAAGAACAGAUCGUGGCGCCUGCGCCAACGAAGGAGACGAAAGGAAGCGACAAGAAGGGGAAGGAUGGUGGGAAAGAUGCAAAGAAGGAGGAGAAAGAGAAGGAGAAGGAGAAGAUAGAUCCGGCGUUGGCGGAUGCGGCCGCUGGGGAUGUGCCUCCUGCGCCCAAGCAUAGGUACAUCAUCCAAGGCACCAUCGAGGCAACCGACCUCGCAAAGCUGAUUGGGACCUCGUCAACGCCGGCGCCCACGGAAUCCAACAGACCACCAUCUCGCGGACCCAAACCCGCGCCGCCACCAGCCUCAUCAGCCAAAAAGAAACGCUCAGCAACUAUCAGCGGCCCUUCAGCUGUACCGGCAAUCGGGAGCCUGACAGGCUCAGCUGCACUGGGACGCGACGUGGGCAUCGGUGGUGGAAGCGCCGGUGGAAGCAGCGCGGACGAUAGGCAGACUUACAGUGAGCUUGUAUGGCGACUGCGGCUGAUAUCGACCGACACGGCGUCGCUGGUGGUUGCGCGGGACACGGAGAAAGAAGAUCGGUUUCGAGCGGUGAAGGAUUCGUGGGAAGCUGCCCAGCAGGGUCGUGCUGCUCGGGCACGAGAGGCACGCGAUAGCUACCUGAAGCAGGUAGAAGCGGGGACUGUACGGCCGGUGGUGAUCACAGGCGUGGGGGGCGAGAAUGUCCCCUACAAGCCAUGGACGAUUCACGGCACCCGAGCGGCAUCUCGGCUCGCGGUCCGGCCACGCGAAAGCAAGUUCGGCUCGUCAGUCAGUAUGGCUCGACCGAGCAUCGACAAUCUCACCAGCAUUCAUUCCAACGAGGGCACCCCGCCGAGAUUGCCCGGUACAUCGCGUCCGCCUUCCGCACCGCCGUCCCGCCCCGGCACAGCCUUAACGCGACCUCCUAGAGUUCUAAGCCAGGAGGAGAAAGCGGCACGGGAAGAGGAGCGGCAGAUGCAGCACCGCGAGCACGAGCAGUAUCAGGACACAGUGCGGAAACUCCGAGCGCAGGACCGCGAGAAACGGUCGCACAUGCGGCAGAUGUACCUGGACAAGCUGGAAGAAAAGUUCAAGCAGAUUGAUGCGUUGAAGGAGACGGAUCUGUCGAGGAGGGAGGUGUAUCGACAGAAGGCUUUGAGGGAGUUUCAGGAGCUUCAGGCGAAGGCUGUGGCUGCGAUGGAAGCUGCGGCGCGAGAGUCGGCACUUGCUGCUGAAAGUAGUGCGGAAGCUGAGAUUGCUCAAGGCGUUGCGGCGGAUAAGGGGCAGCCGAAGAAAAAAGGUACUGGCAAACGGUGACGCGCGAGCGAUAGUCUACUUGGAAAACACGCACCAUGAUUGCUUUUGGCUUUGUGCAAUUAGCAUUAAGAAAAUGUUCAUAAUGUAAAUUGCGCCUUCGGCCCGUACGUUCUUGUCGUGCAGGGACUUCGAGGGCCUUAUUCCGCCG